AUGAGACAACUACUUUGGAUGAUAGUUUUUUCAGCUGCAAUUAGAGCGUCGUCUGCUCUCGAUUGCGUUCAAAUCCCACCCGAUCAAAUACGUCCACUUCACGGUGUAAAAAUUCCUGCUGGAGCCAAUGAGACGGUCGAAAUCCCUCCGAACUGGAGCUGCACUUAUUCGAUUACAACACCACCAAUGAUGAUGGCUCGUGUCUACUUGGAGAAUGGACUGAAAGGAAACAACGAUCGGAUUACGGUCGUCGAUCAACAAGCAACCAAAACUCUUGUGACAGGCCGCUCUUCUUGGUGGAUCCCCUUCUACGUUUUUCCAAAUACAACCACAACAUUCAAUGUUGUAACAAAAAGUGUAAACAUGCAUUCCAAAUUCAGACUGGACAUAUUUUACCAACAACUGCCUGAUCCAGAAGUCACCUAUUUGGGUAACUCUAGUUUGAAAUAUUUCAUGUUGAACGAUUUGAAAGGCACUCAAUACAAUGCUCCCCAGAUGAUGAUCGGGACUGAGCCGAUUUCUCUAGCUAUUGCUCGUUCUGGAUGGGAAUAUGACGUGUUUGAUAACUAUUUUGUGGUUGAUGGAGACUUUCAAAACCCGAAAUAUGUGUACAGAAUGUCUCGAUUCAAAUAUACCGACUACAUUAGCGUAACAAACAAGCUGACGGUUGUUGGAUUGGACAAUCGUGUUUCUGAGAGUUCAGUUGUUUUUUCUCCACUCUCACAAACUCAACAAUUUGAUUCUUUGACUGCAAUUGGAACAUAUUUUGAGGCGAAUCAAUUGGAUAUCGACGGAAAAAACGGGAACAAAAAGAGUAGCGCGGUGACUGUGAUUGGAAUGCAAAAUUAUACAAGAAUCCUUUCAUUUGAUAGAAGCUAUGAACCAGACUGUAUCUUGAAAGCGGUCGAAGCUCCUCCAAGAAGUUCAUCAGAGGUGUUUUAUGACUUCACAACUAUCACCAGUCUACCAGGAAACAUCACUCACAAAUCGUUCUCUAUUAUUGCCGAGAAUUGCUCAGCUUCAUUUAGAAUGGUUUCUCUCGAUUGA